AUGACUUCCGGAUCGCGGAGCAUUCGGACCACUCUCGGCAUCUUGACCAUGGAAGACAUAGUUCGAUAUACACACUCGAUUGUGCGGCCAAGUCAAGACGACUGUUCCAGUCGGGUCGAUGUCUUUUCCAAGCUGCCUGAUGAGAUCCUCGCAAUGAUUCUGUCCCCGAUCAUCACGCCGCGCAUCUAUCUGGACCACCCAACCUGUCGAAACAUUCUACGCAGCCCCGCAAAUCUUAGACUAGUGUGUCGUCGGUUUCGAACUCUGAUCGAUGAGCUGAUGAUCAAGACUCCUCUCCGGGAUAUCAUGGUGACAGGUGGUAUUUACGGCGACUUCGCCGACAUGUCGACCGUAUAUCGAGAAUAUCGGGAUAGUCUUUGGAUGAGACUUUCCAGAGUGAGCGUCGGUGAAAUUCCAUUCACGGCGGUCGUGCACUUUCGACCGUGUCUUACUAUGAUUGAUUCUGUGCACUGGUUUCGAAACAACUCGAUGGCUGCGCUGUCUUGGGACGAUUUGGCCCCGCAAAGAGCCAUAACAGCCCACGUUAAGGUAGCACUUAUCCUUUCCCGGGUCAUUCGCGAGAUCAUCAACAGACGAAAUUUGGGAGACCAUGAAGUCACUUUGGCCUUGAUUUUUCAUGAGAUCGAUGGGACAUGGUUUCAAGGGCAGCAGUAUGUGGAGGAGAGGCACCGCCAUCCGGCCUUCAUGCCUUUUUGGGGCUCAAAAGCCAUGCAGUCAAUCCUGAGGGAGUGGCGAUGGAUUUUCAGACGCCCUCCCAAGAAUUACGCUCGCAAUGUCCAAGUCGUCCUCCCAAAUGUCGCCUGGGCGUCAAAUUCAAAUUCCUUAAGUGAGCAGGAAGCGGCCAAUAUGUGCGUUCGCGACCUCUGUCAAGCUUGGUCACCAGAAAACGAUCCGGCAGAUGUCGGGGGCCAACCUGUGAAUUCACUUGGAAGUCAGACUCAGGACAGAAAUAUGAUUUGCCUACCUGGGUUCUCGAGUCCCGUCGACUUUCCCGAAGACCCGCUCUAUACAAAGUGGCUGGGAAUGUUGCCUGAGACUGCAGAAGCUGCGGAGAUCUUCUGCUUCACAAUUCGUGGGUUAGUGAUAGGCACGGAGAGGGAUGGCCGAACAUCUGUUCUAAAGCGUACGCCGCCCUUGAAGCCCAUUGAGUCUUCACAAGACCCAGUUGCCCAGGCUGAAGAGAUCGAGAAGGCACGUCAGCACCUUGCGGUGCGAUUGAGCAGAAAAGUGGAACCACCCUGGGUGCCACCCGUGUCCACGAAUCAAUGA